GAGUCAGGCGCUGGGCUUAAUCUGCAUGCUGACCGGAGAGGAAUACACCAUUGUGAAGAAGAGGCCCUCCCACAGCAGCAAUCACCGGCUGAGCGGAGAGGUGCCUAUAAAGUGCGAUGAUCUUGCCGUGUAUUUCUCUAUGGAGGAGUGGGAUUAUAUAGAGGGACACAAGGAGCUUUACAAGGACGUCAUGAUGGAGACUCACCAAGCACUAAGGACUAUGGAGAUCCCAGGAAACGAGAGCUCAGAAUUAACAGGUCACAGAGAUGAAAAUCUAGACACAGGAUCACAUGGAGAACAGAAUAUUCAGCCAUCAGAUGUAUUUGUAGGUGUAAACGAUGAUAACAUUUUAUGUAACACGGAACAAACAGAAGCUCAGUGGCUAGCAAAUAUGCCAGAAGCUGCAAAGCAGGAAAUAUGUGACAAUAUAAAUACAGGUGAGUGUACUAGUGUGACGUGUGUCUGAGGGA